AUGAUUGGCGCUCAUCAAGGCUUUGUUCAAAGAUUAAGAAAUGACCCUAAAUGCAACUCUGAUCUUUUAUCGUACCAUUGCAUCAUUCAUCAAAGCAUCCUUUGCUGCAAACUGGAUCUGUGUUCGGAAAAAAUUAUGAAAACAGUAAUGAGUAUUGUUAAUUUUAUACGUGCAAAAUCUUCACUCCAGCACAGACUAUUUAAGACACUUCUUCAAGAAAGUGAUACUCAGUUUGACAAUUUAUUACUUCAUAAUAAUGUGAGAUGGCUGAGCAAAGGAAAUGUUUUGCAAAGGUUUUUUAACUUACUGAAUGAAAUUGAACUAUUUUUAAUUCAGAGUACAUAUUUGUCUGUCAAAGACUAUCACGAAUUUAUCAGUGAUAACAGUAACAUAGCAACUAUUGCGUUUUUGACAGAUAUAUUUCAACACAUAAAUUCGUUCAACUUGAAACUUCAAGGUAAUCAGAAACUAAUUUGCCAUUUAGUAUCUGAGGUAAAUUGUUUUUGCAGAAAAAUUGAUUUUUUCUUACAAGAUGUUGGUAAUGAACGUUUACAUUUUCCUUACUUGAAAAAAGUUGUUGAUGAAAAUCACGAGAUUGAUAUCACAAAUUUUACGAAGUUUUUGGAAAGUUUAAAAACUGAAUCCGAAAGACGCUUUGCUGAUUUCAGAAAAAUCAAAAACGUUGUACAAUUAUUGAACAGUAGUUUUACUCUGCAGCCUGAUGGUGAAUAG